AUCAUUUAUACAGUAAUCGUGAAUUUAUUAAUUUUUCGAAUAAAUCGAAUCCAUGCCAUCGGCUGCAUGCAUACAUCAUAUGCAAAUAAUAAGUUUUAUAUAGAUUUGGAGCUACAGUACACUUGGUUUGAAAGUCUAGCUGCCUGCUUAAAAAUGAACAUGACUUUGGUGGAUAUUGAUACAAAUGCAAAAAUCAGAGAAGUGAGUCUGACAAUCAAUGAUAUACAAAAAAAUAAUAAUAAUAAUAAUAUUGGUGAUGACUAUUAUGUCUGGAUUGGUGCAGUUCGAAAACAACUUCCGAAAAAUCAUUUUGUUUGGCUUCCAAAUGGCGAAAAAUAUGUUUUCAACAAUAAGUUUAACAAUAAACCUGAUUUCCAAGACAGUAGUGACUACUGUGUUGAAUUGAGAGUGUCGCCGAACUGGAAAUGGCGUGACAACUCCUGUUCAUUAAAGAAUGGUUUCGUUUGUGAAUACAGUACAGGCAGCAAACAUCAAGAGCAACUGCAGUUAUUGGAAGGGCCAAAACUAAAAACUCGCAAAGAACUAGAGGAGCUUUUACAAAAAGAAUUAGAGCAGAAUCAACAGUUACAGCAAGAUCUUAAAAAUCAACAAGAGGAAUAUCGCCUGCAGUUACAAAAACUUGUAGUUCAAAAUUUUGAGACGCAAGGUAAACUUAUACAGGCUUUACAGGAUAAGUUAGAUCUGAAAGAUGAACUAAAACUGCAACAUGAUUUACAACAUCAACUUCAGCAACAGACGCAACAACUUAAAGAACAAAAAUUAAAACUUGAAACGGAUUUACAAGCAGAAAUAAUUAAACAGGAGAAUCGAAAGCAACAAGAGACGAAAGAACGGGAGAAAUCAUAAUUCUAAAAUACAAAAAAAAACAAUUACAGGCUACUGGAGCAGUGAAAUUUCAUAAUUUCAGAAAAACACAUAUAGAGUAAAUACAUUAAGUAUUACAAAUUUGAACUUUUUUAUGUUUUUAACAAAUAAAUACAGAAUACAUAAAAA